ACGAUUCUGGCUCUUAACUGUGCUCAGGCUGGACCGUUCUGUCCCAGAGCCUCGUACGUCCAGGCUGGAAACCGUGCUGGCUCAGCUGUAUAAGCUUGCGUUUAACAGGCAACAGGAACAUCAUUUGGGGAUCAAUAAUGCCACGGCUGCAGCUCAGUUUAGAACGCGCCGGGCACAUGAUCGCCGGAUCCCCGAACGCGUGACCGUGUGUGUCCACAACAAGACAUCGAAAAAUACGGAUGAACUGGAGUUGCUGUACACGGUGCAUGUCGCAGGAAAGCCCGUUCUAGCGGUCGCUGCGGCAGAAGACAUGAAACUGGUGUCCAACACGGAGGUCACUGCAGAACUUGGGUAUCCAGUUGUCACGAAGGCAGAACCAUACUUGAAGAGUCCAUUCCCACUGGACAGAGGCUGGAAGCAGGGUCGUUCCAGAGACACGUGGCUUCUGGUCGGGGCGGCCAUUGCGGCCGUCUGCUUGCUGCUUCUUCUGAUAGCGCUGCUUGCCCUUGGUCUCGGCAAGAGGAAACGCGGCAAGAGACGAGUCCUGGCGGGUGGCAGGCAGAGCGGUGGCACUCGGCGUGAGGGAGGAACAACUAACCUUGGUUAUGAGGAUGACGUUGAUUUCAAGGGUCAGAGUACAUCUGGUUCCCGUGGUUCCAAGACAUCACCGAGCUUUGUGCCUGUAGCCUCAUCGGCCACCGUCACAUUCAGAGAUGCCGACAUCAUAACAGAUCAGAAAUUCAAGGGAUCGCAUACGAGUCUCAGUAGCGGAGAGUCUUCGGAGACGUCCUUAGUGAGGCGAAGGCAAGGGAAUGGCUGUAACGAAGAGAAGGAAUAUCCUUCACAUGCGUCCACGCAGAGAAAGGAAUGUGACAGAAGAGAGCUGAAGCCAGAUGACGAAUUGCCCGUCAGGGACUCGCCUCCUGUCAAGCCUAAGGUCGGGACGACGGUCAGUCCGAACUCGUUCCUCUCCAUGCCUUCAAUCAAAGCUUUUCCAAGAGGUGCCAACAUACCAGAACCUCUUGCAAGGGUUCUGGAACCUGUAAAUGUGAGACACCUGGACUUGGAGGGAGGGGGCAUAAUCGCGGAGCCUGCGCGGCGGCUCACGAGACACGGCAGCGUGGAAGGAGAAGAUCCUGGAGUGAUUGGUCCUGUAGUGUGGGACUUGCACUGUCACAGGGUCCAGUGCUACCAACAGCAUCAUGGUAUUCUGGAUGAAACUGUGGAAGACCUGGUUCUGGAAACCACGCGGGAUGACACAACGGGAAGCAAUGUUGGGCGGAUGAGGCGACGUUUUCACGAGUUACUGGAUGACACAUUCAGCUUGUUUGGAAGUCAGAGCGGGAGUCCCGGGGCCGAAGAGGACGGCGGCAGUCCGCCAACUCUGCACAGAGUCCAUUCUGCGAUUGUCAGGCCAGUGUGCGAGCCUCCGUUGGGUCCUUCUGAAGCCAUUCCUCGGCCAAGGACGACGGGCCCCCGUCGUCCGGCCACCGCGGCGGCCGGCGAGUCCAGACCCCGUGGGGCUUGGGGAACCUGCGCUCCUUCUCCACAUUCGGGGACUUCGGGAACUCUGCCCAGACCCCUCAGUGCUGGCCCCUUUCACCGUCCACAGCUGCCAGGUCCCGUAGAAAUAACCGUCGACAGAACGCUCGUACUCUCUGAUGGCCAGCUUCCUCCGUCGGAUCCAGCGAUACCGCUUAUAGCAGCCAUCAAAGAAGAGCUCAGGAAAUUCCAAGGGACAAAUGUGUAUCCCGCAAUCUCCUUGCCAGGGAGCGCGUCGUUGAAGCCUUAGGUUCGUCGCAGUUUGCAGCAGAACUUUUGACUGUGCCUGCCGUCUUAUGGGGGCCGAGCCAAGAGUAACAGCUGGAUGUGGCAAUUGAUUCUCACAGGUAGGAAACUGAGAAAGAGUUUUGCUGAUGGGGACGUCAGAGCAAGGAGUAACUUUUUCUUGAGGGAAAGCCUUACUGAACAUUUUGAUGCCGCAUUUGCGAUGAAAAUUGAAAUUUAAUGUUUUCAGAUAGUAACGAGCGUCCUUCAAGCUUUUCCUUUUCCUGUUGAGAAUUGUGAAAUUAUUGUUUACUGGAAUGUGCGCAGUUUCAGAUUCUUUUGCAGAUGGGUUGUUCAAGGCGCACGGCGUCUCCUGAGGCGCGUUCCGCACCCGGACAAACACAUUCUCGUAGUCGGCGAUCAACGGAAGAGCUGGAGCGCGAUGGAUGAUGGAAACGACUUUCAAAUAUUAUAUAUUAUGAUAUAAUGUAUUAAUUAUAAACAAAUUUGCCUUUAUUUGUCGACGCACAAUUAAAUUAGUGACGGACUAACAUUUAUACUGCCCCUACAUGGUCGUGGAGCUGUUCUCUUGAGGUUACGUACCAUUUUGGAGUUUUCAGUGCUUCUGUGAGUGGAACCCCAAAAAAAGGUGCGCUGAGGUAGUGAAUUUCUUCUGAAUUGCGGAGUGUCACGUGCGUCCAUCCUAAUAUGGACAUUAAGACGCUGGCAUUCUGAGCUUUUCUGCGUGGUUAACAGAGUUUUAGGAAACAGAUGAGCCCCACUGUAUUUGUCUGUAAAUAGAAUUUGAACUUAGAGUGUGUUUUAAAUGUUACAUUUUUGUAUUAUCCAUAAAUAUCAGUAGUGAAAAAGUAAACUUUAAUGAAUUAUACAGCAGUACUCCAUAUUGGAGUGCACACAACAGCAGAA